AUAAUGUUUUAAAUUAUUGUUGUAUUAGUACUUUUCCGUUUGCCAGGAUUGUAUUGCAAUUUAAACAAAAUAGUUAUAAAAUAGUAUAGUUUGCCGAAAAAAUCUUAAUGUAUUUUCAAGUGAAAACUCAAAUUUGUGAAAAUUAGCCACUCUUAAGCUGAAAAGUUGCCAUGGUUGAGCAUAAAACAUUCAUUGAACCAUCUGAUGUUGAAAAAUUAAAAGAGUUGCUGAAAACUAGAUUGACAGAAAGUGGAUGGCGAGAUGAGAUGAAAGCAGUAUGCCGUGAUAUCAUUCGUGAAAAAGGUGUUGAAAAUGUCACUGUUGAAAGUCUAGUGAAAGAAAUGACACCUAAAGGCAGAGAGCUUGUGUCAGAUUCCAUAAAGCGGGAGCUACUGCAGAAAAUCCGAGGAUCCUGUGUAAGAUGAUGUAUUCUCAACCUAUGUUUAAGUAAAAUUAUUUUAUGUACAUAACGAAUGUCAUAAUUAAAGUGCUGCUUCUUGGUCAUGA